AGCUGGGGCGGCGAUGGCGGGCGGCCAGGCCGGGGCAGCGCGGUCUCGAUCGCUGUUCCUGUGGGAUGAUGGGCGUCCUAUGCGGUUCUACCUGCGGCCCGGCCUAGCCAAGCUGCGCCUGGCGCCCCUAGUGCUGGCGGGCGGCGGGCGGCUGUGCCGGGUGCAGGAGCCGGGGGCCGUGCUCCUGGCGCAGCCAGGCGAGGCGGCUCCCGACGGGGCCGUCUCAACCGAGUACGUGACGGAGUGCGUGGAGCGCAACCAGCGGUUGCCGCUGGAGCCCUUCCUGCUGGCCGCCCGCGGCCGCCUGGCCUUCACAGAGGCGGAGGAUGCGGCGCUGCUCCGGGCGGUGCGCGGCCAGGGCACGGUGCGGGUGAGCGGCUGUGCGCUGUGGAUGGAGCUGGAGCGGAGCGGCCUGACGCGGCACAGCUGGCAGGCCAUGCGUGAUCGCUACCUGCGGCACCUGCGGCCGCGGCUCUGGGAGCCCCCGCGCACGGAGGAUCCCACGCAGAUCAAGGGUCUGUUCGCGGCUGCUAAUCGGGAGUUCGAAAGCACGGAGUCGGAAAGUGACUCUUCGGAUGUUGCAGAACUUUCUACAAAAGAUGGAGUGGGAAAGUCCCCAGAAGAAACAGCAUCUGAUCUGAAAACCGGGCCAGAGGACUCUGCUUUCCCUGACAUUCAGUUACAAAGGCAAAAAAGACCAAAGAGCAAUUGUUCUUCUUCCAGUGUGGUGGGACAGAUAGUAAAAACUAUGGAGCACUUCAUGGAGAAGUUUGCUGUGGACCUGUUCACUGUUACACAGGCUUUUCUGAAAAACAGUGGUGAUGUGGAGGCUACUUUAUACUUUCUGCAGACAGGGCAGCGCUCGGAUGGGUACCCUGUAUGGAGCAGAGAGGAUGAUUUAGAAUUGCAAAAGGAUGAUGAACAUGUCAGAAAUAAAUUGAUAGCCAAAUUUGGAGCUGAAAAUGUAGCAAAGCGGAUAGCUUUUAGAGAGAGUUAACAAGAGGACAUUACUGAUCUAGUACAGUUGCAUGAAUCUAAUAGCCUUUUCAGAAACACAAUGGAAAAUUUGAUCAAAGUUCUGAAGUUUCAGAAAUGCUUUAAAGUAAUUUUUUCAUAUUAAAAGGCCUAUUUUGCAUCUCUAAGAUCUUUUGCAGAUCUAAGAGAUGCAGCUGCUUUAAUCCAAACAAAGUAACAGCUUUACCAGGCCAUAUAUUCUAGCUGGGAAAAGAACACCAGCUUUCAGGGCUAUAAGUAAUAGUUGAAGUAGGAAAUGAAAGUUAAGAGAGAAUGAUCAGAGGUUAUGUAUCUGUCACCUAAGUUGUGUUUGACAAAGAACACUAGGAUACAGUCAUAAUCUGAAAAACUCAGUACUUUUAGCCUGAAAUUGAGCUCUGGUCCCCUAUUUUUCAUAUUAUUUGAAGUGAGUUCUAAAAAUCUGGAAUUCAUUCUUUUGGUGAAAUAAAAUAGGCUGGUAAAGGUGAAGGUUUCUUUGGUUUUUUUUUUAAACCUCUCUAAAGAGUUAACAUUUUGGGGUUUUAGCAUAUUGCACUGUGGCACUCAGAAAAUGAAUUGGGAAAUGGCUAAUGUUAAGCCAAAUUAAAAUUAUACUGAAAAUAAGAACUAUAUAAUGAGAGUGCUGUUUCAGGAAGUCACUGCAACACCUACUGAUUAUUUGAAGCGUUAAUCAAUGUAACCAAAUAAAUGCUAAAACAGCACUGUUUCACUGGACUGAAAAAGUGAGAAUUAUUUGACAUAGUCAUGCUAUUCAGACUUUGAACAGUUAUUUGAGAUUCGUGUGGAAGCCA